AACACAGCACAGUGUUACCCAGGAUGAGCCUUUGGGGGAUCUACGGUAUUCACAGUUAUUGCUGAGGUUAAUAUGAGGUCGCCUCGCAGAGGCAUGGGAGGGACCUCGGAUCGUGCCUUGUCAUCAAAGCCCUCUAAAGAAGAAUGGCUGCCAGACACACUCAUAGUGAGGAUGACCUUUCCUGUCCAAUUUGUGGACAUAUUCUUAGUCAGCCUGUGGUGCUCACUUGCAGACACAGAUUCUGUAAAGCCUGUUUAAAAGACAGCUGGGAGACACAAGGCAGUGGGGAUUCACACUACUGUCCUUUAUGCUGGUGCCAAUACUCCAUGGAUCAAAUAGUUGUGAGCCGUACGCUGGAGAGGUCCUGUGAAUCCUUCAAGCUGGAUAGAAGCAAGAAUGACCCAGGGGCUUGUAAGGAGCAUGGAGAAAAGCUUACAUUGUUCUGUUUGGAGGACUUGGAGCCCAUCUGUGGUUUGUGUGGGAAGGCAGCUACACACUUUGGGCACAGGCUCUACCCCAUUGGGGAAGGUGCUCAUGACUGUAAGGAGGAACUAAAGAAUGCGUUGCUGCCAUUGAAAGAGAAGUUGCACCUAUACAAGAAGGCAAAAACGGUCUGUGAGGAAAUGGCAGAACAUGUCAAGAACCAAGUUGAACAUACUGAAACACAGAUCAAAGAGGACUUUAAAUCCCUGCACUGUUUCCUGAAAGAGCAGGAGGCUGCCAGACUUUCUGCCUUAAAGGCUGAGAAGGAUCAGAAAAAUCUGACAAUUAAUCAGCAAAUUGAGGACAUGAGCAACGAAAUGACAUCUCUCUCCAACACCAUCAGAUUAGUGGAACAGGAGAUGACCUCCCCAGAUGUCCAAUUUCUUAAGAAUUACAAAGAAACAAUAAAGAGAACCUGGAGAAAUACCCUUGAUCCAGAAUUGAUUUCUGAUGUUCUAAUUGAUGUGGCCAAGCACCUGGGCUCUCUGAAAUAUAAAGUGUGGGAAAAGAUGAAGAGGAUAGUUAAAUAUAAUCCUGUAGUUCUAGAUCCCAACACAGCAGCCAGCUGCUUCAUCCUCUCAGAAGAUCUCACAGUGGUGCAGAACUCAACCCAGAUUUUCAAACUGCCGGACAACCCAGAGCGCUUUGACAUCAGUGCUGAGAUGCUGGCCGCAGAGGGCUAUACCACUGGACGCCACAGCUGGGACGUAGAGGUGAAAGACAACACCUACUGGGUGGUAGGAGUAGCCAGUGAGUCCAUCAACAGGAAGGGCAAACACGUGCUGACACCAGCAGAGGGAUUCUGGUCUAUAAGGUUUCGCAAUGGAGAACAUAAGGCCUGCACAGCACCAUGGGAGCCAUUGAACAUGACAAAGCACCCAGAUGUGAUCAGAAUAGUUUUAGACAUGGACCGAGCCAAGGUGACCUUUUAUGACCCUAGAGAGAGAACACCCCUCUACACCUUCACAGAUGUCAUCACACCCAGAGCUUUUCCCUACUUUUGCACUGCCUGCAAAGAGCAUCCUCUGAAAAUCCUACCCAACAGGAUAAUCUUGUCAACAGACAACUAAUUCACGUUGUAGGCAUAUUACCAAAAACUCCAAUGAAAGACAUAUAGGACUGCUAAAGCUUGAAAUGGUUUGUUAAUUUUCUGUUUUGCAAGAGAUGAUUGUGGGGAACGACAUUUCCAAGAAACCAAAUGUAUAACGUACUUCUAAAGUUUUCUUUUUAAUGAAUGACAUGAAACAAAGAAAUGGUUUUAAAUAUUUAAUUGCAGUUACAACAAAAAUGUAGUCUGGGAAAUCUGUAAUUGUAAAUAACUUCAUCAUCUUGAACACACACACACACACACAUUAUGUGUAUGUAUUACUACACAGAUAAGAUUUGUUACAUUAAGUGACAGUCACUAUGUGUGACUCAGUUUUGCAUGACACAAAAUCACUACUGUGAUUUCCAAGAAAAGCAUAAAAAAA